AUGCGUCCGAUUCUGUCAGCCUCAGGGACAUACAACUAUAAGUUAGCUAAAUGGUUGGAGGAAAAGCUCAAGCCUCUCUCGAUGAAUGAAUACACCAUUGACGACGCUCUUGUUUUCUCUAAAGAAAUUCGCGAACAUCCUGUCCUUGAAGGUGAUAUACUGGCUUCAUACGACGUAACGUCAUUGUUCACAAAUGUCCCAGUUCAGGAAACCAUCAACAUCCUUGUCGAGAAAGCCUUCACCGAUAAUUGGUUCAAUUCAACGUACGAUCUCAACUUACAGAAGGAUCAGCUCACUCAACUUCUCAGAAUGGCUUCCACUGACCAACUUUUCCAAUUUGAUGGUCAACUUUACGAACAGUGUGAAGGAGUUGCUAUGGGGUCCCCCCUUGGUCCUUUGUUGGCGAACGUGUUUAUGUGCCAUCUGGAAGAAAGACUAUCUAACGAUGAUUUAAUUCCUUCUUAUUACAAGCGUUAUGUCGACGAUACGCUUGCAAUAAUGCCUGGACUCGAUGUAGCUCACAACGUAGGAGUGUAG